AAGUUGUAUCCGUUUUUUUCAAUAGAAAAUUUACGGGUCAGCCCAAAUCUAUUUAGCCCGUUUCCUUCCUGGACGAAACUAUAUCCCCUACCCUUCCACCCAGCUUCUCGGCCUCAAUAUGAACAGCAACACAACGUCAGCAAGUGCUGCGAGGCGACCACCAUGAAUACUGCGACUGGAAUACUAUCAUCUUCGUCAUCUACCUUUUUCAACUACAAUCGAUGUCACCCAUUUGUCAUCUCGUCCUUUACUUCAUCUUAUAAAACCCACAUUCGGUCUUCUUGGAAAAGGAGGGUCUGGAGGAGCAUGCCCAUGAAUUCAUCACCACCUUCGUCUUCGUCUUCGUCCCUUUAUAGCGGUGCAUCCGACACCAAAAUUGAGCCUACUGUAUUAUCGUCGGUUGCCGCAGGGCUACAGACGUUUAAGGAGAAAAACAAGCCGACAAAGCAACAACCGUGGCUGAUUGUAGGUCUUGGAAACCCUGGAAAAUUGUAUAACCGCACAAGGCACAAUGUGGGUUUUGAGAUGGUAGAUGCAAUAGCAGAGGCUGAAGGUAUCUCCAUGAGCAAGGUUUCCUUCAAAGCUUUCUUUGGGAAAGGGUGUAUUGGAGAUACACCAUUGAUGCUUGCCAAGCCACAAACUUUCAUGAAUGUUAGCGGGGAGUCUGUUGGAGCAAUUGUCUCUUUCUGUAAGAUUCCACCAAAGCAAGUACUUGUGAUUUAUGAUGACUUGGAUUUGCCUUUUGGAAAGUUGCGUCUAUUACCAAAAGGUGGACACGGGGGACACAACGGGAUGAAGAGUAUAAUCAAUCACCUUAAAGGCAACCGUGAGUUUCCCCGUUUAAGAAUAGGUAUUGGGAGGCCUCCAGGCAAGAUGGAAGCUGCAGCUUAUGUUCUUAAACGAUUUAACAAACAAGAAAGUGAGGAGUUGGAGUUCACCUUUCAAACUGGCAUCGAAGCAAUUCGAGUUCUUUUGCUCCAAGGUUUCGACAAGAGUGCGACAUUUGUGAAUUCUCCAAAACCCUUGAAACAUCUUCAAUGAAGCAAUUGUUUCUCCAAUCAUUGGUGACUUAUUUUUGACAUACAUCGGUACAAACAGGAUUGUUUAAUAAACCGUAGACUAGCCAUUUGGGUAUUCUUAGUUAGUUUGAUUAAAUUUAUACAAAAAUGACGUAAUUGAUAUCUUAGAAGCUGUUGCUACUCCAUUAGAUUGAGGGGUGAUUUCUCAUCGCACCCUAUGGUGAGUUGUGGUGGUGUGCUGAAAUUUUGAACUGUGUAAUGAUUUGCAAACUACCCUUUGUGAUAAAGGUAGUCCUGAAUUUUGAAAAGGGGAAAAAAUAUCGUAAAUCUUAAACGAUUUUGGUCUAUUUAAUGGCAACACUUCUAUGAUUUCAAAUGCACACCCCAAAUUCCAAAUUUCUUAGAAUUCCAUAUGACAGUUUCUAUAAAGUAUUGUGUACAAGGAUGUUAUGUUUCGUUUUCCAGAGUUAUAAUUAAAUCAAGAGAUGUUAUCUGUUAACGCCACUAGCCACACGGGAAUUGCAUGCCAAAGAUGUGCAACACGUGUCUAGAAGAACAAUUUAGUGAGUGGGUGAAACUCUGUACUAAUUAAUGACGAAGUUAUCCGAAAUAGAGCCUUGUGGGCGACUGAGUGCUCAUCAAAUCAAUAGAUGUCAUCAUGUUUAGAGGAGAACCAAUAGGCAGUUUCAAGUCUUUGACUUGUAACAUAUGGUAGUAUACAAUAAUUGAAUCUUGAACGAUAGCGCAGAGUCGUCAUGCGGUUUGGAAAUGGGCUAGGGUGGUACCGGCCCGUCGGGUUACGUCACCUAGCACCGUCGGUUUAGCUUGGUGAACUCGUGAGUAUUGCAGAUGUAUGUGAACUUUUUGACAGUUCAAUGACAAACAAUUUAAUAUGCAUGUAUAGAAAAUUGAUUCCCUCCUCAAUCUUAUUUUAUUUUAUUUAAUGUACG